UAAAAUAUUAAAUAUAUGAAAUCAAAUAUGGUUUAAUUCUGUAAACAAAGUUUAUCUUACUUGAGUAGUUUAUUCAUCCCCAAAUAAUCAAUUGUUCAACAAAUCAAUGACCGUACGCGUUGUACGACUUAUGAAAAGGCAAGAUCCGUACAACUCCUUAUUACGUACGUGAGCAAGAAUAUUGCGAUUUCACCAAUUUCCAUUAUAAACAAUAGUUAUUUGACCAACUAACUCCUUAAUUUUUUCCAUCUUAAGAAGAAAUAUAUUCCAUGUCACCAAAAAUUUGGCAUGGAAAUAGCCCGUCUAUAUUCCCUAUAUAAGCAUAAGUCGUAACAAGCCAAAAUAGAUCCAACACAAAUACAAAACAAUAAAACAUUUAUAAAGAAAAAAGAAGUUUAAAAAAAUUAUAAUGGCGGCUUCGACAACAACACUCAUGAAGCUCUUCUUCUUUGCCCUAAUUCUUGUCAGCUUCAUCGUAUCUCCAGCGACGUCCACGGCACCAGAAGAAUGUGAAGCCGAGUCAACAAACCCAUGUCUUAACAAGACUAAAGCCUUACCUCUAAAAAUCAUAUCCAUAGUAGCCAUCCUCUUGACCAGCAUGAUAGGCGUCUCGGCUCCUCUCUUCAGCCGAUACGUUCCCAUUCUCCAUCCGGAUGGAAAUAUUUUCACAAUCGUUAAGGCUUUCGCAUCCGGAAUCAUACUGGGAACAAGUUUCAUGCACGUUUUACCUGAUUCUUUCGAGAUGUUGUCAUCGGAAUGUCUAGAGGACGAUCCAUGGCACAAGUUCCCAUUCACGGGAUUUGUCGCUAUGUUGUCGGGCCUCGUCACUUUAGCCAUUGACUCCAUGGCGACUAGCUUCUACUCUAGCAAGAACGGUAGUGAGAUUGUACCUGCUGCUAGUAACGGUGAUCAGGAGAGAGCGAAUCCGAUGAUAACUCAUGGCCAUAGUCAUGGUCAUGGCGUUACAUUAAAUACUAAAGAUGAUGGUUCUUCACAUUUAUUGCGGUACCGUGUCAUUGCUAUGGUGUUGGAGCUUGGAAUUAUAGUUCACUCCGUGGUCAUUGGAUUAUCUCUAGGUGCAACAAAUGACACAUGCACCAUUAAAGGUCUCAUUGCAGCUCUUUGCUUCCAUCAAAUGUUUGAAGGCAUGGGUCUUGGAGGUUGCAUCCUCCAGGCGGAAUAUACAACUGUGAAAAAGUUCAUGAUGGCCUUCUUUUUCGCGGUUACAACACCAUUUGGGAUUGUUUUAGGGAUUGCAUUGUCGAGCAUUUAUAGGGAUAACAGCCCGACCGCGUUGAUCACUGUCGGGCUGCUCAAUGCCUGCUCUGCAGGACUGCUUAUCUACAUGGCCCUCGUUGACCUUCUAGCGGCUGAGUUCAUGGGACCAAAGCUCCAAGGCAACAUCAAGCUUCAGAUCAAAUGUUUCUUUGCCGCUUUACUCGGCUGCGGGGGAAUGUCAAUCCUCGCCAAAUGGGCUUAGAAACUUAUCAAUAAUCUUGGAGUGCAUAUACUAAAAGAAUUUGGUUAAGUUCGGGUUUGAAAAUGUUGUUUGAUCGCAAGCGUUUUUGUCUUUUGUUUAAUUUUUACUUUCAUAUCAUUAUGUAAAGAGCAAUAAUUGUUGUGUGAUGAAUAAUUGUGUAAUGAAAUAUCGAUAUUUAAUUUAACACACCAUUAAAAGCGAUGAUUACUAUCUAUAUAAAAUUGUGGGUGUAUGUAUUCUUAUUAAAAAAAAUGUAACGAGUUUAUUUUUCCAAAUAGUAAUUUUAUAAGGAAAGAUCCAUUUCAUUAUUCCGAUGCAAAAUCUUUAAAUUGAU